CCAGAUCAAGUUUGAUAUAUGGUCGAGUUACAUGUUUUUGCAUGUUAAAUCAAAAAUUAAACUCAAUCAUUGGGAACAUACACCUUGCAACAAGACUAUAUUCCAACUACUAGCCAGUGUAAGGUGUAAUUAAGAGGGUGUUCGGAUUGGCUUUUAAGCUGGUCAAAUCAGCUUUUAAGUUUUUUUUUGAUUUUUUAAGUGUUUACAAACUCAAAAAGUAUUUAAAAUAAGUUAAAAACUGCUUAAAGUAAGCCAAAAACAAUAAGCUAGGCAAUCUAACUUAUUAUUUUUUGACUUAAAAGCUAUUUUGGCUGAAAAGUCACUUUGUUUUAGCCAAUCCAAACGGGCUCUAAUUCUAUAAAUAGCUGAAUCACUUAGCUUGCACCACUAAAUAGCAAAUCUUUUAGCUUUAAUUUGUCACAAGAAUUGGUAUAUUAUGGGGGAAGAAACAAAUGGAUCAGUAGCAAGAAUCCAUGAAGGAGACAAAGCUGAGUCUCAAGCUCAAGAAGAUAUAUGGAAGUACACAUUUGGUUUCACUGAAAUGGCUGCAGUAAAAUGUGCUAUUGAGUUGGGAAUACCUGAUUUCUUAGAAAACCAUCAAAAACCCAUCACCUUAAAUCAACUGUCGUCUGCACUUGGCUGCUCUUCUUCUAAUUUUCUCUACCGCAUCCUGAGGUUCUUGAUUAACAGGGGAAUAUUCAAAGAGGAAUCCACAGGACAUGGCGAAAUAGGUUAUGUCCAAACACCUCUUUCUCGUUUGCUGAGGAGAGAUGGAGGAAAUAGUAUGGCUGCUCUUGUCCUACUUGAAGCUAGCCCAGUGAUGCUUGCGCCAUGGCAUUUUUUGAAUGCCCGCGUUUUGGCAAAAGGGAAUACUGCAGCAUUUAGUGCAGUUCAUGGAAAGGAUGUAUGGGAGUAUGCAGAAACCAAUCCAGAGCACAGCAAGCUGAUCAACGACGCCAUGGCGUGCCAUGCACGAGUGGCAAUACGUGCGAUCAUCGAUAAUUGUCCAGAAAUAUUCAAAGGGAUAGAGACUUUAGUUGAUGUUGGUGGAGGUGAUGGAACAACUAUUAGUCUGUUGGUGAAAACAUUUCCUUGGAUUAGAGGGAUUAAUUUUGAUCUUCCUCAUGUUGUCUCUGUUGCUCUGCCUUGUCAUGGUGUUCGACAUGUUGAGGGGAAUAUGUUUGAUUCUAUUCCCAAAGCAGAUGCUGCUUUCCUCAUGUCAGUCUUGCAUGAUUGGAGUGACGAGAAAUGUAUUCAAAUCUUGAAAAAUUGCAUAAAGAUUAUCCCAAAAGACACAGGAAAAGUGAUAAUUGUGGAGGUAGUGCUUGAGAAAGAACGAGGAGGAAAUGAAAAGCUCAAAGAUGUUGGUUUUAUGCUGGAUAUGGUAAUGAUGGCUCACACAACAAAUGGAAAAGAAAGAACUGCCAAAGAAUGGGCUCAUAUUUUGACUGCAGCUGGAUUCAAUAGGCAUUGUAUUAAGCACAUCAACGCAAUUGCAUCUGUUAUUUUGGCUUAUCCUUGAGCUGUAUCAGUUCUAUUACAAUUUCUGUUUCAAUGUUUUUCCAGUUCUUAAGCUUGUAGUUUGGUUUGUCCUUUUAAUAAUUGGUUUGUUUUUUCUAUUUAAGCUGUAUCAUAUAUGUAAAAAUACAUGUGCACUCUUGCUAUAUUAAUAGAUUGAAGCAAACCUGUCUUAUGACA